AAAUACGGUAGGAGUGGUCUAAUUUCUGACAAGUAUCAACGUUACACGUCCAUGCUUAAAUCUGAAAUGGUGCGGUCGGGUAAAUAAAUAGUGCAAUGCGUCGUAGUUCACAUGAAUUGUAUUUGUUACUCUAUAGUGUUAUGAUAUCGAUAUUUUCACCAUCAAUAUAUUAGUUGUGUUAGCUAUACAACAGCCAGUAUGUUGACCGGAUGCCUGAGAAAAGGAAGUAAAUCUACCAGGCUGAAGAUGGCACUCAUGCUCUUAGUACUGAGUUGUCAAUUCGUCCAUGUUCUCAGCGAAAAAUCUUCCUCUGCGUUGACUGUUGUGGAGAGCACUGAGACCAGCCUGGAUGAUGAGGAUGUGCACCACAUGGAGGAAGAGAGCGAUCCUGAGGAUUUGGAUGUGUUCCGUCCCACGGACCAGUGGCAGUCUCUCAAACCAGGCCAGGCAGUCCCAAGGGGCUCUCACGUAAGGCUCAAUCUCCAGACAAGACAGAGGGAGGUCAAACUUGGGGAACAUCAGAUUCUCAAAUACCAGAUCGAUGGACAAAAACAGGGGAAGGAGAACACACCAGGCCCAUCCUUCAAUGCUGAGGAGCUGAAGAAGGCUCUGAAAAAUAUAAAAGAAGGCGUGGAUCCCGAAACUAGUGACAAAGAAAAAGAAGAGAAGGAGGCUCUCAGAGCCCAGUUUCGUCCCAUGGAGGAGCUGAAAAGAGACAUGGCCAAACUGGACAUGCUGAUGGAGACAGACUUCCAGGUUAUUAGCAGACUGAUGUCCCAAUUCAACAGCUCAAACACCACUGUGGAGGAGAAGAUAAAAGCUUUACAUGACCUAGAGUACCUUGUUCAUCAGGUGGACAAUGCCCAGAACUUGGCAUCUAGGGGAGGAUUGAAGCUUGUGGUUGAUGCUUUGAACAGCACAGACUAUCGCCUUCAGGAGAGUGCUGCUUUUGUCUUGGGGUCAGCUCUGUCAAGUAACCCAGUGGUGCAGGUGGAGGCAGUUGAAAGUGGUACUCUGCAGAAGCUGUUAAUGUUACUCGCCACUCCACGACCCAUGUCUGUUAAAAAGAAGGCGUUGUUUGCUGUGGCCUCUUUGCUACGUCACUUCCCCUUUGCCCAAAGCCACUUCCUGAAGCUGGGUGGGCUGCAGGUGUUGGGGGAUCUUUUCCGAGCUUCCGAAGGGGGAGCCCUCCGUGUGAGGAUUGUAACCAUACUCUAUGACAUGAUCAAUGAGAAGGAGCUGAUUUCUCAGACUGGACUUGACCCCAUUCCAGAUGCUUCUCACAACGAGCGGUUGCGGCAGUACGCACAGGUCUCCCUCAUGCCACUGUUGGCAGAGCAGGGCUGGUGCAGCCUGGUGCCUGAACUGUUGGCCUCCCCAGAGCACGACUGGAAGGAGAAGGCCCUGAGAACUAUCCUGGCCAUGAUGCCUCACUGCCAGACUCAGUAUCGGCAGGACUACACCCUGUCUUCCUCCCUCCACACCCUACAGGAGCAGUACCAGGAACUGGUGCUCUCAGAGCAGGUCCUCGGAGACGAGGAUGGGUACUUUGGGGAGAUCCUGGCUCUGUUGGAGACAGUGCUGCUGAAACUGAAGUGAGCAUAGGGCUGGGUGGAGAAACCCCAUCAAAGGACAAUAAAAAAGUCUGCAGCUCUGUAAUGUAACAUUUAUAUUUAGUGUGUAAUAUGAUCACACAUCUGCAAAUCAGAAGGUUGCCUUUUUCAGUUGCUGCCUCAGAGGGCUUAGCCUUCCUUAUAGUUUUUUUUUCUGCAUCUGUGAUGCCUCACAGAUGUAAGGCUCUCCAGUCAAAAUAAGGCUCUCCAGUCCUCCCUGAGGAAUACAUUUAGCUGGGCUAAAUUUCAUUUUUCCUUAUGACAUGUUUCUUAUUCACAGUGUGCUCUAUCAAUCUUCUUGUUGGAUUGCCCACUAAUGUGAGACUGGUGCGCCUGUGGGUGGCGGGUAGAGCAUUGGGUUAGUAACCGAAAGGUUGCUAGUUCGAAUCCCCGAGCCGACUAAUUGUAAAAGUUGUCGAUCUGCCCUUGAGCAAGGCACUUAACCCUAAUUUGUACAGGGUUGGCUUAUCUCAGGCCGUGACCCCUCUCUGCAGAUGUCUGGGGGGGGGGGGGAUUAACAAUUGAAUUAACAAUUAAUUCAUAAAAGGAAAUCAGUCAAUUUAAAUAAAUAAAUUAGGCCCUAAUCUAUGGAUUUCACAUGACUGGGCAGGGGUGCAACCUUGACAGGGCAUAGGCCCACCCAUUUGGGAGCCAGGCUAACACACUGGGGAGCCAGGCCCAGCCAAACAUAAUAAUUUCAACACAAAUGGGAUUUAUUACAGACAGAAAUACUUUGUCCGUUUCAUCAGCUGUCCGAGUGGCUGGUCUCAUACGAUCCCGCAGGUGAAGAAGAAGGAUGUGGAGAUCCUGGUUACACAUGGUCUGCGGUUGUGUGGCUGGUUGGAUAUUCUGCCAAAUUCUCUAAAAUGAAGUUGGAGAUGGCUUAUGGUAGAGAAAUUCACAUUAAACUCUCUGGCAACAACUCUGGUAGACAUUCCUGCAGUCGGCAUGCCAACUGCAUGCUCCCUCAACCUGACAUCUGUGGCAUUGUGUUGUGUGACAACUGCAGAUUUUAGAGUGCCCUUUUAUUGUCCCUAGCGCAAGGUGCACCUGUGUAAUGAUCAUGCUGUUUAAUCAGCUUCUUGACAUGCCUCACCCGUAAAGUGGAUGGAUUAUUUUGACAAAGGAGAAAUGCUCACUAACAGGGAUAUAAACAAAUGCGUGCGCAAAAUUGGAGAGAAAUAUGCUUUGUGUGUGUAUGGAACAUUUCUGGGAUCUUUUAUUUCAGCUCAUGAAACAUAAAUGCAACAUGUAAAGUGGUGGUCCCAUAUUUUUGUUCAAUAUACUUCCAUAAUAUUCUAUUCGUUUUCAUAAGAGAAGAGACUACAUUUUCAUGCUUCAUAAUUUUAUUAGUCUACAGAUUUCGAAAGCUGGUGUCCAGUGAUACUCCUCCUUCCUCUGGAUCAUUCCAGCAGGACAGGUGUCCAGAGAGACUUCUUGUUAUGCCUCACACACUCCUCCAUGCUUGACCAGGACUUGCUUGUGUUUAAGCCUGUGAAAAAUAGGUGUUCUGUUAACAACUUAAAAUGGAAGGUUCAAAAGGGCAUGAUUGAAUGUAAAAUGCUGAACAGAAACCUCAAGGAUUGAUGAGUAUAAUAUUGAGUAUACAUCUCUCAAAUACACACUUUAUUCUAAUAA